AUGACCUCAUUCAUGACCUCAUUCCUGACCUCAUUCAUGACCUCAUUCCUGACCUCAUUCAUGAUCUCAUUCCUGACCUCAUUCAUGACCUCAUUCCUGACCUCAUUCAUGACCUCAUUCCUGACCUCAUUCAUGACCUCAUUGCUGACAAAAAUAAAUGACCUCAUUCAUGACCUCAUUGCUGACAAAAAUAAAUGA